AUGGAGGUUGCUUUGAUUAGGGCCAACAUAGAAGAGGAUAGGGAGGCUACUAUGGCUCGAUUUUUGUAUAGUCUUAAUAAAGAUAUUACUAAUCUUGUUGAAUUGCAGCAUUAUGUAGAGAUGGAGGACAUGCUACACAUGGCAAUCAAGAUAGAGCGACAAUUGAAGCAAAAGAGCAAGAACUCCUCUUCAACAAAUUCUAAUUGGAAAUCCAAUUGGAAAGGUACAAAUUCUACCCAAAACAAAGGAGAGGAAAUGUCUAAAGAUAAUAAAGCCGAAAUAAAAGGGGAUCAAAGCAAUAAAAGCCGAACUCAAGAAAGCAAGCCCAAAAAUAUCCAAUGCUUCAAAUGCCUGGGCUAUGGAUAUAUCUCUUCUCAAUGUCCGAACAAAUGCACUUUAGCAUUAAAAGGAGGUGAAUUGGUGUAUGCUAGUGAAGAAGAAAGUGGAGCUGAAAGUGAUGAAGAUUCAAUGCUCGAAUUGGAAGAUUGCUAUUCCGAUGAUGGAGCUAAGCAAGAGGGGCAUUCAGGUGAGCUAUAUGGAGUCACCAUUAGAUCCUUGAACAUGCAACAAGAGGCUGAUGAUGAAAGCCAAAGAGAGAACAUCUUCCAUACACGCUGUUUGGUUACAAAGCAAGUUAGGGUGGCAUUUGGUGUGCAAAAGUUCCAAGAUGAAGUAUUGUGUGAUGUGAUCCCAAUGCAAGCUUGUCAUCUACUUUUGGGAAGACCAUGGCUGUUUGAUAGAGAUGUCAUCUACAAGGGGCGUUCAAAUUGCUAUUAUCUUACACUUCACAAUAAACUUUAUACUCUUACACCUUUAAUGUCACAAAAACAAAUACUUGUGCUUGUCUACAAAGAAAGUUUACUAACCACUAACGAUCUUAAUGUUUCUUUGCCUUCAAGUUUCAAGUCUCUUUUGCGGGAGUUUGAGGACGUGUUUCCCGACAAAAUUCCAAGUGGGUUACCACCCAUUCGUGGAAUUGAGCACCAAAUUGACUUUGUACUCUGUUCUACCAUACCCAAUAGGCUGGCAUAUAGAGCAAAUCCCGAAGAAACCAAAGAACUACAACGCCAAGUGGAAGAACUUCUUAAUAAAGGUUAUGUUAGGGAAAGUUUAAGUCCAUGUGCUGUUCCUGUUAUACUUGUCCCUAAGAAAGAUGGUUCUUGGCGCAGGCUUGUGGUUGUCUAUUUUGAUGAUAUACUUAUUUAUAGCAGGUCUUAUGAUGAACAUGUAAAGCACGUGCAGUUCUUGAAACUUUAUGAAAAGAAGUUCUAUUUGCUAACCUCAAGAAGAGCGAUUUUUGCACAAACAAACUUAUUUAUUCUUGGUUUUGUUGUUACUGCAAAAGGAAUUGAGGUUGAUGAAGAAAAGGUGAAGGCAAUCAAAGAGUGGCCGAUUCCCACAAAUGCAAGUGAAGUUCAAAGUUUUCAUAGACUAGCAAGCUUCUAUAGGCGUUUUGUGAAAGAUUUCAGUACCAUUGCCGCACCAUUGAAUGAAUUAGUGAAGAAAGAUGUGAAGUUUAAUUAG